CGCCAAUCUUACCCCUACCCCAUCCCCUUCACACCAAACAAACACCUCAAUAUAAACCCUGUCCCAUCCCCGUCACACCCAACAACCACUCCAAUCCCAUCCCUGCCCCAUCGCCGUCACACCCAACAACCACCCCGAACUCACCCCUGUCCCAUCCCCGUCACACCCAACAACUACCCAAAUCACAUCCAUGCCCCAUCCACGUCACACCAAACAACCUACCCAAUCUCACGCCUGUCCCAUCCCCGUCAGACCUAACAACCACUCCAAUAUAACCCCUGCCUCAUCCCCGUCACCCCAAACAACCACCCCAAUCUCAACCCUGCCCCAUCCCCAUCACACCCAACAACCACCCCAAUCACAUCCAUGCCCCAUACCAGUCAUACCAAACAACCACCCCAAUCUCACGCCUGCUCUAUCUCAGUCACACCCAAAAACCACCCAAAUCUCACCCCUACCCCUUCCCCAUCAAUCUCACCCAUGCCCCAUCCCCGUCACAACCAACAACCACCCCAAUCUCACGCCUGUCCCAUCCCCGUCACACCCAACAACCACCCCAAUCUCACCCAUGCCCCAUCCCCGUCACACCCAACAACCAUCCCCAAUCUCACCCAUGCCCCAUCCCAGUCAUACCCAACAACCACCCCAAUCUCACCCCUGCCCCAUCCCCAUCAAACCCAACAACCACCCCAAUCUCACCCAUGCCCCAUCCCCAUCACACCCAACAACCACCCCAAUCUCACCCAUGCCCCAUCCCCGUCACACCCAACAACCACCCCAAUCUCACCCAUGCCCCAUCCCAGUCACACCCAACAACCACCCCAAUCUCACCCAUGCCCCAUCCCCGUCACACCCAACAACCACCCCAAUCUCACCCCUGCUCCAUCCAAUUCACACCCAUCAACCAUCCCAACCAAACCCCUGCCCCAUCCCCGUCACACCCAACAACCACCCCAAUGUCACCCCUGCCCCAUCCCAGUCACACCAAAAAAUACCCCAAUCUCACCCCUGCCCCAUCCCAGUCACACCAAAUAAAUACCCCAAUCUCACGCCUGCCCCAUCCCCGUCACACCCAACAACCACCUCAGUCUCACCCCUUCCCCAUCCCCGUCACACCCAACAACCACCUCAAUCUCAUCUCUCUCCCAUCCCCGUCACCCCCAACAACCACCCCAACCCCGCCCAGUCCUCGCCACCUUUGACAAUCAAUCCUACAUCUACUACCAAUGACCUCCCAACAACCACCACAACCUCACCCUACCUCCAUCCCUGUCACCCCUAGAAAAACACCUCAAAUUCAGCCCAUCCCAUCAUGGUCAUUCCAACAACUAUCCCAACCUCAUCCCACCCAAAUCCCCCUCAACCUUGUGGAUAGCUUAACACAAAAGCCAGUUCUGAAAACUGCUUUAUUUUCAAUCGAAUCUUAUAUACUUUUUAACACAAACCGCUACAUUUUCAAAACUUUUUACGGGCGUUAAUAAGAUCUGCUACAAACUCAGUUAUUGCAUUCCAAACAGUUUUAUAUAAGAGAUUAUAUAAUGUUGACUUUGUUUUUAAAUUUUGGGGAAAAUGAGACAAAGCCAUAGUUGGUUAUGUUACCUUUUGAUAGAAACACAACGCGAGUUACACAGUUAGGAAGAUAACUUCCGCUUAACUCAGAGUUACGGAGUCUUUGUGUCAUGGUCUGAUCUGUCAGUUAUUCAAGAAAAACUGUUAAUUAUAACUUAUGAUGAACAAGUACGGACACCUAUGCACACAGUGAAAUAAUGACCAACAAGUUUUAUCACUUUGGCUUAUUUUAUUUUAAAUCUAAGUCUGAUUUGUAUAUGACAAACAGCAAGGGCUUAAAUCAGUUUAUGAACAGAAUCAUGCAUCAAUUGGUUUUGCUUUAUUGGCCGGGAAGGGAAGGGGUACCUUAAUUGUAUUAUUGUAUCCGCCAAAACGUACCCGGCCCGCGGGAUCCAGGACACCUUGUACCAGUAGUAUCAUACACUAGUAUCAAUGGCCUGAAAUAAGAAUCUGAUUUAAAUUGUAUAUCCUUGAAAUGUCUACAUAGAAACAAUGACCUCAAAUUCAGACAAACUCGGAUCAUGAAAAAAUGUGUUGAACAAACAUAUCCUGUUCAACACAGGAUAUAUUGAUAUCAGUGAUGUAUUUUUAUCACUGAAUGAUGUAUCUUAUUUCUUGUGUUCAGAUUGUGUCUCUGGACA